CUCCAGACCUGAAUGGCCUCACUUCUUUUCUCUAUCUCGUAACCAUCGUCUUGACAACAACAAUAAAUUUCUUUCCCUUUUCCCCAAGAACAUCAUCAUCCUGUUCCGAAAUAUUCCCACGCUAAUCGUCAUAUUUCGUAAAGAAUACUCGAUAGACCUCUCGUCCCUUUUUUACUAGGUCAACCAGCUAUUAUCCCUUCCAAGAUGGCCCAAAAUCCGGAAGAAGUUGCGACUAUGUUCGUCCAGUACUACUACAACCAGUUCGACCAAAACCGAGCCGGUUUAGUAAGCCUCUACCGUGACGCUUCCAUGCUGACUUUCGAGUCCGCCUCCUUCAAGGGCACUCCCUCUAUCAUCGAGAAGCUACAGGGUCUACCGUUCCAGCAGAUCAAGCACCAGGUUUCCACCAUCGACCUCCAGCCUGGUGUCGCUCCCGGCCACAUCCUGGUCCUCGUGACCGGUCAGCUUCUGGUGGACGAGGAACAACGACCCAUGAGCUACACCCAGUCUUUCUACCUAGUCCCCGACAACGCUCAGUACUACGUCCACAACGACAUCUUCAAGCUCGUCUACGGUUAGACAUAGAAUAGAACUGUGCAGGCCCCACGGGCUUCUGGGGCCGGGAUAUGCUGGAUGUGUGAUUAACAAAUUGCACACAUUCGUGGGGGACAGUUGUUUGUCAUAGACUACCUAUCUACUUGCAGAGUUGCAUUAGGGGGGGUUAUUUCCUAUCAACCGUGACUCGUUCAUCUUCAGAUAGGCCAUACAGAGGUUAAUUUAUUUCACGAUGACUUCACA